AUGGCGGCGGCCUCCCAGAUCUCGGACUCACCUCCUCACAGUCCUGCGCUCUCUGAUCACUCGAUCAUAUCCACAGACAUGGAACUAAAGGAGAUACUACAUAAUCUGCCCUUAAAGUCAGAGGCAUCUAUGUUGGCACGUUUGAAGGAGUCUAUGCAAGAACAAAUCUCCAGUGUCACAAAAGACAUGCGCCAUGUAGGACAAAGAGUGAGGGAGCUGGAAUAUGAAAAUCUACGCACAAUUGCAGCAAUAAAAGCUCUGGAAACAAGACAAGAAGUUAUUGAACACAAAUUCCUUACUUUGGCAAGGAACUUAGAAGAGCUCAAAAAUAGAAGCAGGCGGAACAGCUUAUGCCUGAGAGGCCUACCAGAGGCCCAUGAAGCCUCAGAGAAUCUCCAGGACACACUACAAGCAUUAUUUAACAACAUCCUUCAUUAG